AUGCUCAUCUUUUUGGCGGCCCUGCGGCCCAGCCCCCUGGUUGAGGGCUUCUCGGCAGGCAGCUACACUGGACAGCUCCGCCACAUCGUCAAACUUGGGGCACUAGGUAUGCCGGACUUCAUAUUUGAACAGAUCAUCGGGCUUCCGAUCACGUUGUGGUUGUUGCAUGCAGGCGACGAUCAGCUCUGCCCCUUUCGGCCGACAGCGCGCCUCAGAGAGCAAUUGAAUGCAGACCUACGAGGCGGUGCUGGUGGCCUUGUAUGGAUCACCGGGGGAACGUCCCUUGCAUUGUUUGGCUCCACCUGUCAUGGCUCUGGCCACCUGCUCGGACGAGUGGAGGGCCUCCCCGGAGGUGAAUGCCGCGUGGAGCAAGGCACGAUCUUCCCGGAAGCUGAGCUUACUGAGCAGACCUUGGCGGACCUCCGGGAGGUGCUGCCCAGCGACUUGCAUGCGGAGCUCGGCACAAAUGCCGCCUUCCGGAACGGCCGUGCACAAACUCAAAGACUGGCUUUUGAGCACGGUAUUACGGGGGAGAGCGGCUCUUGCCGCCGCCUCCCGGAGCCGGUUGUCCGCGUCCUCCUGCGACAUUCCCUGGCCAGAGUGGUGGAUUUCCUCUACUUUGAUCUCUUCAGCAAGGGCGCCACUCUCGCUGACUUAAUUAAGUGA